AAUAAGCUUGGACUUAGUUUUACCGCAAUUGGUGUUGUUGAAUAGUACAGAGAAGUGAAUUGCAAGUAGUUGGGAACGUAAACUUAAAUUUAUAGGAAUUUUUAAAGCGACUACGCUUUGUUCGAACAAUCCGCUGCAAUCAAUCCCGGUGCUGCCAUCUGUCGACGUCGUCGAGCAUCAGAAAACGACGCUUGCGUAUUUAGCGACGCCACAGCUUGGCCGCGCCCGUCCCGAUGGACGCCAGUACGCUAGCAACCAUGGACAAAGAUGCGUUAAAGAAACAGAUAGAAAACAUGAAGUAUCAGGCGUCAAUGGAACGCUGGCCACUGUCGAAAUCCAUCGCCGCAAUGAGAGAAUACGUGGAAGAAAACGAGAAGAAUGAUCCCUUAAUCCACGCGCCGGACAAGAAGAACAACCCGUGGGCAGAGAAGGGCAAGUGCGUCAUCAUGUAGAAUUUCCCGCCGCUUCUCAUCAGUAUUAUAAUUAUCGUUUUACCGCUUUUUUUGGUGAUGUUUCCUUUGGUUAAAAAUCUGAUGUUGAAAAGUGCAACCACACUGUUUACGUUCGAGAUAUUCAAAUUUCAAUUCCCCAUCGGUUACUAAACUGAAGUUCUUCCCGUCGUAGCGCUAGCAGAACUACACCGAAAUUGUUGAUAAAAUUGUUAUGUAGUUGGAAAUACUCGUAUAUAGUUUGUACGUCGAAAGAGUUACAUAACAAUCAUGCGUUUAUGUUAAUGUCAAUUUGUAAGUAGAUGGUGGACGAUUGUUAAUAGACAAGUAGAUAUUGUUGUAUUUUUCACGGAACUGACAACAGCGCAUUUAAAAACCAUACGACCACAUAUUACAUGGAACUUUGAACCAAUCAGGCAGAAGUUUAUACACAGCAUCAGCAGCAGUACUUUCAAAAUCAUAUCAAAAUGAUAGACAUAUUUGUCAAUAAAAGUUUACAUGGCGAGAUUGUAUAUCAAAAUAAGGUUGAUUUAAAGAGAUUUGCAGUUCUAAUUAUAUGAACAUUCUACCACUGAGACGCAUUGAAACGGAAAUAGCAAUUACAUCAAAAAUUUCUAAGGAAAACGUUUUUCUUUAUAAUUAAAUUAGCAAUUUAAAAGGUAGCAAAUUUUGGAAGGGCUGUGCCAGGUUUUCAUUUAAUAAAUGGUUAGCCACAUCUAAGCCUAAUUUAAAAUUGAACGUAAAAACUAUUGUUUGAAACAUUUUUUGUUGAUGGACUCAGAAAAUCACUACUUUACAAUAUGGGCAUGAAAAGGGCACAGGAAAUAUCAGUUCCAGGAUAAACAUUACAAUUUCGAAUAAGUACUUAAACGAUAAACAGUCCUCCUCGUAUUUAUUAUAGUCUAAUUAUUUAUACGAUGCAAAGAAACCGUUUGUGAUUGUUACUUAGCGUUAGUAGUGUGUUGUCAAGUCAUUUUUAUUUCGGUAGGUUAGGAAAUAUCGUGUUCUACUAUUAAGUUGAAGAUAUUCAUUUACGAGUAACGCGAUUUUAAUUUUUAGAGUACCUCUAGUCAGUUAUUUGUAGCGUUUUUUUUUUAACAGGCACUUAUCACGCAGCCGAUAAUAACAAGGACCCAUGGGACGAUGUUUGUAAACCCAUUAUGAUUUUACGCGAAAACUGAGACCAAACACAUGUAGCGAAAGCUUUCGUCAAUUGUACUUUUUGCCGCUUUUAUCUGCUAAAAUACAAUUUCCGAAACGAUGCGCAGCAAGUUUUGGUCUCAAUUUGUUAGGGUUUCCACAUACUUUUGGUGGCAGUAUAUAAUCAAAUAUUCGUAAAAAAAUACUCGGGAAAGUUCCCCUUUUAAAAGCGACUUUGUUAUUCGAUAUCUGGAGGAAGACGGCAGUUUUACUCCGGUUAUCCCUAUAUAAACGAUAUAUACUAAAACCACUGAUAAACAAAAUGUUAAGAGAGAUAGAUAACUGUCACGGAAACGACUAUUGACUUAAUUAAGACAAAUUUUCACAGCUUCUUCGCUUAAUAUGAACUUAGGCUAUAAUAAGUAAUCGCAUCGGGUGUGGACACAACCUAAACUUUUGACGCCUACAACAAAUCUUUCGGGUUAUGUUUAUACCCUCUCGUAGGAUAAGUCUUACGAAUUAAGUGUUAACAGAUACAGUUAAAGUUGCCCCUGGGGCUUUUCUUGCAUUAAAUCAAUAUACUUGUUCUACUAGACUAUAAAAGCAACAUUUAAUCUUAUCUUUUAGUUGAUAUACUUAAACUGUUACUACACUUAUAAAACUUAUAUAAUCCUAGGUAAUAAACAAAAUGUUUAAAGUAGCUAGGUAGGAAACACCAUACAAGUUACUUAAGACGAAAAAAUAUCGACAAUUCUUGAAGUUAUUAAGACUACAUUUCCCCGAUUUUGACAUAUUUGGGACGUGAAAGAUGUCUGUUGAACUAAAAAACGCUUUAAAUGUUACAUUUUCCUAUUGCUUAAUAUUCCCAAUUGACUUUUAAAGUGGAUUAUUUUAUUCAGUGUAAUAUUGUACUGAGAUAAUAAACUUUUAGUAAAUUUG